AUGGCUGACAACGAGACCUCGCCCAUCAAAAAAACUGAUUCCAUGUCACCUUUUUUUGUAUCCCAAUCUGAUAGUCCUGGCAUUUUACUCACAAAUGUUGUGCUCCGGGGAGAAUCUAACUAUGAUACCUGGGUCAAGGCUAUGAAAAAUGCUUUACAUGCUAAGAAUAAACUUGAUUUUAUUACUGGAUCUGUUACUGCCCCUAAUGCAUCCAAACCUGCUGAGCUUCAUGCUUGGGGAGUUUGCAACUCCAUGAUCAAUGGGUGGAUCCAUAACACUAUUGAUCCACAACUUCAACCUUUCAUCAAAUACUAUGACACUGCCAAAGCUUAUUGA